AGCGAUGAGGAGCCGCAGCGGAGCCCGCGGGGGUUCCCCGCCGCCAGGCAUUGCUGCAGCUCUGAAGAGGAGGAGUAACAAAAGCUCACCAGAGUUCUGACAGAGAUGGUUUUCCCCUGGAGUCUCCCUGGCAGUGAGAGAUCUGCAGAGGACAUCCAGCUUCAGGCAGCUGUGGAACCCUGGAGAUGAACAUUUUGUCACAUUUUGUCACAUUUUAUCACACUUUCUCAAGCAUUCUGAGGUGCUGAACAAAUGAAUCUGCAUCAUGUAGGAGGCUGUGCAGUGCAGCACCCAGAGGGACACUGAGCCUGCUGUGCCCCCCAGAGUGGGGCUGUUGUUGUCCCUGGCAGCAUGGGCAGCAAGGAUCCAAGGAACAGAAGCAAAAUGUUUCUUUUGCAAGCAGAGGGGUUUAUUUGUUAAUCCCCAUGGGAACCCUGAUGGAUGUGCCAAUGCCUCUCUCUCAGCUUGUGUACCUCACCUUUCUGUCUACAGCAGUUUGCAGCCUGCCUGAAAGAACUUUGGAAGGGCGUCCUUACAACCUCCAGAUGGAGUCCCACAACUUCCAGCACAUUCUGACCUGGCAGGCAGGACAGGACCCAGCUGUGCCAGCAUCCUACAACGUGCUGUACACAUACCACAGGAGCCAGAGCUGGAUGAGUGCUCAGCAGUGUUCAGGUACUGCCCAGCUCUCCUGUGAGCUGACAGAGGACUUCAGGAACAUUUCCAAUGAGUAUUCUGUGUUUGUUCAGAGCCUUGGAGGAGCUCAGGUGCUCAAUUCUUCUAUGCUGCGUUUCGUGCCAUACAGUCAGACAAUUCUGGGACCACCAGAAGUGAAUGUCACUUCCUGUCCAAACUGCAUCAAUGUCACCAUGAAGCUACCAACCUCUCACCUCAGAGACAAGGGAAAGCUGCAGUCCUUGAUUGAUAUCUAUACAGAGCUGGAUUAUACCAUCACACUGAAAUCACAGGAUGGAGAGCAUAAGAGACCACGGCAGAGAACCACUGAAGAAGUGUUCAGUACUGUCAUUGGAGACUUGUACCCCAGCAGGAAUUACUGUGUGUCCGUGGAGAUCACUGCAUCCCUGAACAGAAACUCCAAACCCUCCCCCUGGAAAUGUGUCACUGCAGACUCAGAGGCUCAGAGACAAGGUUACCAUGAAGCUGCAGUGGCAGGAGCUAUCUGUGUUUCACUGAUAAUUGUUGCCGUCCUGAAGUGUGUGCAUUCAGCAGGAUUUCUGCUCCUGAGGAUUUCCCUUCCUGAGACCUUGGCACGCAUCAGGAAGUUGGCCUUCUCACCUUGGGAGUCUGAGCCAGAAAAGCUGGCCUCUGUGGAGAUCAUCCCCAGAGAGGUGAAAAGCAAGGCCAGGGGCUGCAGAGGCAGUGACAGUGACGACAGUGACAGUGAUGACAGUGACAGCAGUGCCCUGUGUGACCACGACUACACACGGCGGGCAGGGCUGGGCAGGGACCGCGUCCCCCGGGGCUGUGGCACCCGCAGCGCCCUGGGACAGUGCUCAGGGGACAGCAGCUGUGAGCAUAGCAGCAGCCAGCCUGGGGACAUGCCAGCUGCACCACAGCAGUGCCAGGAACACGGGGGGGACUCUGAAGGAGACACAGACACCAGGAGUGAGUUGCUGAGCCCUGUGGCUGAGGACAGCUGUGGCUCCCGUGGCAGCAGUGAGUGCUUCACCAUCGGCCUGCACACGGUGCUGCUGGGAGCCCUGGAGCAGGACGGGCACGGCUCUGCAGCCCCUGCCCCAGCCCGGGAGGAGGCAGGGGGCUGGCACUGUGACCCUGCUCUGCAAGCAAAGCUGCUGGACGACACGGGAAGUGAGCAGGAAGCACCUUGUUCUAAUGACUUCCAUGAGUGGCAGAACUCUUCUUCUGAGGAAAGCGAUUCCUUGGACUCAGACACAGAGCAUGUGUCAGGGUACAUGAGGAGAUGAAGGGAGAGCUGCUUUUACCUGUAGCAUAGGAGCCAGUAUUGUCUAACUUUUAUUUCUGCACUGAAUGCACAGAUACUGUCCUUUCAUUGA